GUAUUAUCCAGUGUUGUGCAAUGCCAACACUUCACACGUGUUUUAAAUUUUUUCUAUUUUAAUUUAUUCUAAUAAAAUUGUUUGUUAUUAAAAAGAAUUACUGAAUACAGUUCAUUUAAUUUUAUCUUACCUUAUAAACUGAUUCUUUUUAAUCUCUUUAUGAAAUAUGGAUAUCAAUUUUAAAAAAAACUAAUGAUUUGAAAAUAUUUGUAACCGUUGUAAAAUUCGGUCCUUUUUGUUUUUUUGUUGCUGCCUAGCUUUCACUGUAAAUUUAACUUUUAAAAGGCGGUUUAAUUUUAUUUAUAAGAAAACUAGUCGGUCAAUACUUCUAGUCCGAAUUCUCGGUUUUUUAAAAGAAUUAUUGAAGGUCCAGCAUGGAUGAAACUAAAGAAAUUAAAACAGACUCUACUUCUGACGAAACUUUAGCACCCGCUAAUGAUUCCAACAAAACUGAGGAAAUGGAUGUAACACCUAUUGAUGGUGCACCUUCUAGAUCAAAGGAUUUAAGCAAAACUUUACCUGAAGAAGCAUUUAACAAUUUCAUUCAGGGAAAGAGACACAUGCUUGUUCAAGAUUAUACAUUUGCUGUUCAGAGUUUAGCUGUUGCAUGUGAGUUAUAUGUGAAACAUUUUGGGGAGCUUGCUGUUGAGUGCGGUGAAGUUUAUUUUCUCUAUGGAAAAUCUUUGAUUCGUUAUGCACAAUCUCAGUCACAAAGAGGAGUUUUAGGAGAUGCUAUAAAUAAAGUUCCUGGUGUUGCUAACGACGAUGAUGAUUGUGAUUCUACUGACGAAGAAGAAAAUGAAAACGAGAAUGAAAGUGAAUCAGGAGAAGAUAAAGAGAAAGAAGGUGAAAAAAAUGGCUCAGCUACUGAAGAAAAUGAGACUGAAACGGAAGAAAAAGAGCCUUCUGAGUCCACAGACUCACCACAACAUGUUGAGAAUGAAGUAGAUUCCAAAGAAAAAGAACCUGAAACAAAUGCCGCAGAACCAGAUGUUUCAAGGCAGAAUGAAUCAAGUAAUGAGGAAAAUCCCGAAGCAGAGGAUGAUGAUUUGGAACUGGCCUGGAAUAUCCUUGAAGCUGCUAAAUCUAUAUUUAUGAGGCAAGGUGAGGAAAAUAAAGAGGCUCAAUUAAAGGUUGCAGAAAUUUUACAACUACUAGCAGAAACUAGUCUUGAAACUGAUAACUAUCCUCAAGCAAUAAGUGAUCUCAAAUCUUGUCUUUCAAUACAAGAAAAACAUCUUGCCCCUGAUGAUAGAAUUCUUGCUCAUACAUAUUAUCAAUUGGGUUUAGCCUAUAUGCUUCAAAAAAUGUAUGAUGGAGCUAUAGAAAACUUCGUUAAAACUAAGAAACUCUUUGAACUUAGAAAAGAAAACCUAAAAAAUACCCCAGUAUCUGAAACAGUUGGUGGGUUUGAAGCCGCAGAGCGGCAAAAGGAAUUGGAAGAAAUUGAUGGCAUCAUUACCGAUAUCAAAGAAAAGAUUGAAGAUACUGAAGAAUUAGUACGGAAUGCAAAGAACGAAUUGCAAGAGGCAAUUAUCAAAAAAGAACAGGAAGCAGAGAUUGAAUUUGGAAAGCCAACUAAUCCAACUGUUUCCAGUAGUAAACCAGUGUCAAAUAUAACACAUUUGUUAAAGCGAAAGAAACCAGACGAAGAUGGAAAUGAUUCUGAAUCUAAACGUGUAAAGACCAGUCCUAGUGUUCCCAAUGGAGAAUCCACAGUUGCCAAGUGAUUCCAAAAGUUAGUUCCCCACCGAUCCGUCACAAAGCAAAGAUGAUUGUAAAUAUUUUUGUGUAGCGUAAUUUGUGGUUCACCUUCUUUAUUUUUUAGAAUAUCCAUGUUUGUACAUUUUUACAUUAAAAAUGCAUCUUUUCUUAAAA